AUGUCCAAACAAGACGUUCAUCCUAAAAAAUAUAGUGAAUUGCGAAGUAUCUAUGAAUACUUUAUCAAUUCAUAUAAUGCUUUGUACCAGCUAAAAACGGAAAAUGAAGAAGGAAUAAACUCGAUUUACAAACAAAUCAAAACAGAACUAAUUGAAGCAUGGAAAUAUUCUCCAAUUAAGAUUAUACGAGAUAUUUUAAGUAUCAUUCCGUAUAAUAAUCGCUAUACAAAGUCGUAUUUAUCUCUGGCCAAACAAAUCUCUGAUGAUUAUCAUGUCCAAGAGGUUAACAAUGUAGAUCCUAUUUCAAACUUCCUGUUUUAUAAAGAAUAUGGAAUUAAAUUAAACAAAGCAUAUGAUUUCAAAGAAAUUAAAUCCAAAAACCUCGAAAUUCAUACAGAAGACACAAUUUACAGAGCAAUUAUGAAUAAUGAUAUAAAAAGAUUCAUCGUAUUCACUGAAAGUGAAGAAUUUGAUAGUGAUCAACGACUCAAAAUAAUUCUGAUAAAAAAUAUUCAUUACUUGAAUUAUGUUGUUACCACAGAGCAGUUGACUGUUUCAAGUUAUUAA